AUGCGGCUCUUGCUCGUCAACGACGACGGGCCCCCGUCCGCCGUCUCGCCCUACUUCGCGCCCUUCCUCGCCGCCCUGCACGAGGCGGGCCACCAGACCGUCGUCGUCAUCCCAGACCGUCCACUCUCCUGGAUCGGCAAGGCGCACGCCGUCGGCAAGACCCUCACCGCCGCCAGCAUCUGCCCUGCCUCCUUCUCUUCGACCCCCUGCCCCGUCGGCUGCGAGCACAAGCCCGACGACCGCCUGCACCGCUGGCUGGUUGUCGACGGCCCGCCCGCAAGCUGCACCCAGCUCGGUCUCUUCCACGCGGGCUUCGCGCCCGCGGACUUCGACCUCGUCGUCUCGGGGCCCAACCACGGCCGCAACGCGAGCACCGUGUGGGCGCUCGGCAGCGGCACCGUCGGCGGCGCGAUGGAGGCCGCGCAGUGUGGGCGCCGCGCCGUCGCGCUCAGCUUCGGGAGCAAGGAGCCGCAGCCCGAGGGGACCAUCCGCGCGGCGUGCGUGCGCGCCGCGGCGCUGGUGGGCGAACUGGCGAAGGACUGGCACCCGGGGGUGGAGGUGUACAGCGUUAACGUACCGAUGGUGCCGGGAGUCGCGGACGCGCCGGUGCGGAUGACGACGACGGCCCGGGGGCAGUGGGUCACCGGCGGGCUGUUCAGUCCGGCUGCUGCGGAUCCCGAGAAGGCGGCGCUGGGGAGGGAGUAUCGGUUCCGCUGGGCGCCGCAGCUGGCUGAUGUGAAGAAGCAGGCCGAGGAGAGCCCCGAGGGGGAGGAUUUGUGGGCUUCUGUGAAUGGGGUGAUUAGUAUUGCGCCGUUGAAGGCGAGUUUCACGGCUGUUGAUGUGGGCAAGUGA